CCCCAAUAUACAAACAUUUCAAUCAUUCAGCAUAUUCUUUGGGAAGAUUAACUGUUAGACUACAAGAUUUGGAUUAUAUUAGAUUGUCUUGUUCUAUUAAAUUUUGCUCUGUUUGUAAUUUGGAUUGUAGAAUAAAUAAUACGCCAAAAUUAACUCAAAAUAUGUCAUUAGAAAAAAUAGAAGAUUGGUGGACAGAACAAAUAAAAGAAGAAAAAAAGAAUUUUGAAGAAAUUUGUGAAAAUAAUAAUGAAAAUAAUGGUGGGGGUGGAGGAAUUAAUAAAAUUAAAAUUUUUAAUUUUAUUUUUAAUUUUAUUUUCUGUUUUAAAUUUUAUAUAAAUUAAUUAUUUUUAAAAUUUCUUUUUAAUUUUUAUUAUUUAAAAGUUAAAAUCUUUUUCGUUCGCUUAUAUGUACAUAUAAUUAAGACAUUAAUUAAUCCUUUAUUCAGUCACCCCUCUUAAUAUAUUCCAAGUCAACAUUUACAGACAAAAGUCACCAUCGGACCUACAAAAGCUGCACUAUAGUUAACCGUCCACGUUCAAAUGACCCCAACACGAAAUGGAAAAAGUUUUUU